AUGGCCUCGAUUCCAUUCAGCAAGUUACCGCACCCUGUCGACCCGUCGGUCAACCUUUCCCCUUAUACAAUCUCUGUCCCAGACGCCGAGAUUGACAAGCUCAAGCUGCUUCUCGAGCUCUCCCCUAUUGCGCCCCCAAACAGGGCGAACUCGCGCGAGGAUGGCUCCCUAGGUAUCCCAAGAAAGGAUCUGGUUGAGCUAGCCAAAUAUUGGCAGAAUGGAUACGACUGGCGAAAGUGGGAAUCAACUCUCAACUCGUUCCCCCAGUACAAAAUCAACAUUGCAGAUGACGACUCGAAAAGUUACGAUAUCCACUUCUUCGCUUUAUUCUCAGAAAAUCCCUCUGCAGUGCCCCUACUAAUGCUCCAUGGCUGGCCGGCUUCCAUCGUCGAGUUCUUGCCAUUGCUCUUCAAGCUACGUUCUCAAUACGACCCGGCAUCGCUUCCCUUUCACAUAAUCAUGCCCCAUUACGUCGGGUAUGCGUUCUCCGAUCCGCCUCCCAUUGACAGGGACUUUACGCACACCGACAAUGCGCGUCUACUGUCUAAGCUGAUGCACACCUUGGGCUUUUCAAAGUCUGGAUACGUCGUUCAGGGCGGAGACCUCGGCUCAGCCACCGCACUGGUUGUUGCCAGCGAUGAUCCGGCCUGCAAGCUCGUCCACGUCAAUCUCUUGAACAUCCCCCCUCCACCAGGCGUCGACGUCGAAGCGGAUAUCAAAGCCGGCAAAUACACGCCCGAGGAAACGCAGUCGUUGAUGAACACGAUGGAGUUUGUCAAGAACAAGCUUACAUUCGUCAAACUCAACGGCACACAGCCCUCGACCGCAGGGUUUGUGAUCGGGAGCAGUCCCAUUGGGUUACUGGCUUGGCUCGGCGAGAAGAUGACUACUUGGGUUGAUGAUGCAAUCGAGACGGAUCUGGUUUUGACGAAUGUAUCAAUGUAUUGGUUUUCGGGAUGUUAUCCGACGUCGAUAUAUCAUCAUCAGUUGAUCUGUCAAGAUGGCAGUGAAUCGCUCACGUACGGCUGGAAAGGGGUGGAUGUGCCAUUGGGGUAUUCUUGGUUUAGAAAGGAGCUUAUGAAUCCACCCAAGGCGUGGAUUGAUCAUACCGGCAAGGUGAGCUGGUAUAGGACACAUGAUAAGGGGGGACAUUUUGCUGCCCUAGAGACACCCGAGGCAUUGUGGCAGGAUAUCCAGGACUUUGUGGGUGAAUUUUGGGGGAAGUCAGGCUAG